GAGCGGACCGAGCCGUGCGCACCGCCGCAGCUCCAGCGCCGUCCGCAGCAGACCCGGAGGCCCGCGGUCCUUCUCUCGAACGCGCUGGUGGUUCCCUGGUAACAGGAAACUAUGAGGGACCCUGUGAGUAGCCAGUACAGCUCCUUUCUUUUCUGGAGGAUGCCCAUACCAGAACUGGAUCUUUCGGAGCUGGAAGGCCUGGGUCUGUCAGAUACACCCACCUACAAGAUCAAGGACAGCAGCGUUGGCAAAAUGAUCGGGCAAGCAACAGGAGCAGAGCAAGAGAAAAACCCAGAAGGCGAUACCCUCCUAGAGUACAGCACCUUCAACUUCUGGAGAGCUCCCAUUGCCAGCAUCCACUCCUUCGAAUUGGACUUGCUCUAAGGCCAAGACUUCGGUCUCCCACCACCUUGCCCUUAUUAUCUUCUCUUUCAAGCCCCUUCCUUCUCAUUCCUUUCCCAAAUUAAUCUUGUUCUCUUCCCUCUAUUGUGUUGGUGGUGCUGAUGAAUCUGCCAGUUGUUAUUUAUUUAUUUAUUUAUUUAUUCAUUCAUUCAUUUAUUUGUCUAUCUAUCUAUCUACUCCAUUUUUCUCAAAAGCCCUCAAACCAAAGUAAAGGGUUAAAGCAAUGGAGUAUUGGAUAACAGAAACCCCACCCCCACCCCCUGGAUUAUUAACCCCAGAAAACAGGCUUUGUGGAGACAUCAGGGAGUAGUAGAGUAGUGCAAAAUGGAAUAUGGUUUUGAUCCCAUUUUUAAUCGGCUUCAAAGAUUGCUCAAACCAUAUGUAAGACCUUGGGUUUGAUCCCUAGCACCACAAAAAAGAAGAUUGCUCAAACCUUUGUAGUUUCCGGUAGUUACCAGUAAAUUUAAGUAUUUUUUCCAGGGUUAAUGAAAACCUUCUAAUUUUUAAGAUGAUUUGUCACAACAGAAUGAUUUCCAAAACGUUAAGAUGAUGAUCUUCUUUUUUUAAUCCUAUUCCUUCUUAUAAUACAUUCUUUUCCCCAGAAAAAUUAGGGGUAAAGGUAUAAAAUGAGGAAAUAAUAUAUUAUGAAAAUAUGGAAAAGCACUCAGACUUUUCAGAAAUAGUUGAAGCUCUUUCCUUCCAAAAAGCAUUCUUUGUUUUCUGCAGUACUGGGGAUCCAACCCACUGAACUACAUCCUAGCCCAUUUUAUUUUUUUUAUUUUGAGACAGGGUCUAAGUUGCCCAUGCUGGCCUUGAAUUUGUUAUCCUUUUGUCAGCCUCCAUAGUCCAAAAGGAUGUUCUUCAGCUUACAACUUUGCUUUUAAUUUUGGAUUGAUAAU